AUGCCAUUUUGGAUUUUGAUCUCGUCAAAGCAGAUCAACGCGGUAUCUACUUUACGGACGAUGCAACAUGAUGGUACUAGCUCGAACGUGCGCGAAGACAAGGAAGGCCUGAUGUGUUUGUACCCCAGCAAGCGCUGUGACAACCGUCGGGUGAUGAAGGCCAAUGGACAACUCCACAACUUCUGCCAGUUCCACCGUGACAAGGCGAACUACAACCAACGGCAGCUCGAAUUCAAGCGCAAGGGACUCCAAAGCCAAAACCAGUCGACCAAUGAGCACGCAAACAUCCCAAUUCAAGGUGGAGGACGACCAAUUUUACCAAAGCCAGCUACUAACGGUGGUGCAUCGGAAUGUGGGUCCGACUUUGAGCUCGACAAAGAACAUCUGCGUUUAAUUGAAGACGUCGCCUCGGCAAACCUUGACAGCUCUUUGGGAAAGGAUUAA